UCCUAUCUACGCGUCCGGAAACAAUAACAACUUAACGAUGGAAUGCUGAGACGUUCAAUGGCAAGCAUUGGUUGGCAUGCAGCAGGUGUUGACGGAUUGUUUCGACGUCUUCACCUCUCAUUGGUACGGAUGUUAUGAGGACCACUACCAGUAUUCGCCAUUUGAGAGAAAUGAAAUGAAUGUAUAUGCAUACGUAGCAAAUGACGCAUAUAACGGAUGUGUGAUUGGGAACGUCCUGGAGCGAUAUUUCGUGUCGUCCAGUGGUAUUGGGAUUUAUGUCGAAAACGAUGUGCCGUUGUACUUCAGUUUAAAUCCUUCAACGAAGCAGAUGUGCUUGUCAGCCAAAUACGACAAUAAGCCGUAUUUGAACAUUGAAAACAAGCUACCGUAUUUGAAAUACACUAUUUGUAACGAAAAUGACGUCAAGCAAACACACCUGACUAUGUCAAGCAAAUACAUAGAUAAUCCAAGGGGUAUUCCGAAUGAAGAAUUGUUCCGGAAACCUAUCGAAAUUGACGACGUCUGGACGCCGCACUAUUGCGACUAUUCUUUCGAUGAUUGGAAAUUGUCUAACGCUUCCGAUAUGAUUAAACAAAUACAUGAUCUGGGAUGUAAUUUUACCGUCUGGGUUCAUCCGUUUUUCGAAUCAGAUAGCCAAAGCGUUCAAGACGCUUCUAAUAACGGAUACUUUUUACGCGAGUCUGAUAGUUAUGGUCCAGCACUUACGUCAUGGUGGAAUGGCAACACAUCUGGCAUACUUGACGUCGCAGACUCCGGAGCAGUAACUUGGUUUAUAGAGAAAAUGAACAGCAUUCGGAAUAAGUAUGGUGUGGAUUCCUUUAAAUUUGACGCCGGUGAGAUGACGUACAUACCAAAUAUUUACACGUCAUAUAACACAGCGCCAAACCCAUGCAACAUAUAUCCGGGACAGUAUGUCUCAAGAUGGCGACAGAGGCAGAUUCGAAUAAUCGCCAAGAGGCAAAUCGACAAGGACUCGGACUGGGGACACGAAAACGCGUGUCAGACAAUUAUUCCAACUGGGCUUACAAUGGGCCUGAUAGGUUAUCCAUUUGUUAUGACAGACAUGGUCGGCUGGAAUGCGUACCACAACACAUUUCAUGACGCCGAAUUGUUCAUUCGGUGGACGCAACUUAGUGCAUUUUUCCCGCUUAUACAAUUGUCAAUCGCACCCUGGAACUUCAAUGAUACCAUCGAAGGAAACAAUGUCAUUGACGUCGUCAAACACUUUGUUGACUUGCACACAAACCUUUCAGAGACAUUCAUUGCAUUUGCAAACAUUUCGACGCAGACUGGAGAGCCUAUUAUUCGGCCCCUGUGGUGGAUUGACCCACUAAACAAAACUUCCAUAACGUGUGAAGACGAGUUCCUGAUUGGCGAUAAGUAUCUCGUGGCCCCUGUUUUGAACAAGGGUGCCUGUGUCCGUAAUAUCUACUUUCCGACCGGAACCUUGCAGGCACUGUCUACGGCUGAGAAAGGAAACACGUUUACUGGACCAAUGAUGACGAAUAACUACUCUGUACCGUUAAAUGAGACGGCGUACUUUGUAAACGUAAUAUAUCUGAGUGGGUAG